UUGGAUGUCGGAACUUAAUGAAUGAAAAUGGUUCUUUUCUAUAUUAUAGUUUUCUUGAUGGUUGUAAAGAUAGACACAACCCUAGGAAACUACUGCACUUAUUAUGAUACACGAUCUGUGCGGACAUACUGGCAUUGCGGAACAUGGGGUUGGAGUAGGUGUUCAGGACUAAGAUACUAUAGACAUUCCUAUCGGGCAUGUUGCCGUGGCUGGACAGGAUCCCGAUGCUCGACACCCAUAUGCAACAACCCUUGUGUAAAUGGUGGAACUUGCAUAGGUCCUGACAAUUGCAAGUGUCCAUCUUCCUUCACAGGACAACAAUGUACAACAAAGUUAUGUUCCCAUCUUGCCCCAUGUUAUCCGGGAACAUGUAGCUACCCACAUCAAUGCAGCUGUUUUCAUGGUUUUAGUAAUUCAGAUAGAUGUCUUUCAUUUUCGAAUGCAAACAACCUUCCUGUCAUUACGGAAUGUGAGAUAACACUGGCUAAAAUACGAAGGAUAGACCAAAAACAACAAUUUUAUAUCAGUAUGCCAUGUUCAGAAAGUAAAAAAACGGAUACGGUAUGGUGUAACCAGGAAUUAUUCAAUUAUGCAAAGUUUUCUAUGAGGUCCCACUACCCAAAAAUUCCAAACUUGCCACCACCACCCUCUUACAUUUCUUCUCAUGCCUUUGGUAUAGUUUACAGUGGUAUUCAUGUCAGACAUACGAAGUUUCCAAGACCAGAUGAUUACAAUCGAAGACACGUUGCUUUUGAUAAGAACUACAGGUGCAGUGGAUUAUCGGACACGUCACCAAAGACAAGUGCAGCCCCGUGUGAAAUAAUUGAAGAAAAUUACAAGAUUAAUAUUGAACACGACGAUUUCUUUACUGUGACAUAUUCUACUAAGAGCGGUGGAUAUCGGCAGUUAUAUAACACAGAUAACCACAGGUAUUACUCAAAACAAAUAUACAACGGACAAACCACCAGCAAAACUGUGGAGUUCAAGUUUGAUUUCAUAGCACCCACGCACUGUUCUGAGCCUUAUGCACGGGGCAAAUGCAAUCAUGAAGAAAAACCGAUCGAUGUUGGAGAGGACAUAACAAAGAACCCGAUUCGAGUUCGUUGGGAUGGCUGGUCUGACGCUUUGUCAGGAAUUGGAUACUACUACCUUGAGAUCUUCAGGUUGGAACCUAACAUACAUGGCGAUCUUAUCGAACUUGAACCACUUAAACCAAUAUAUACAUUUAAGACGAACAGAACAUCUUCUUUAAAUUUUCCAACAUAUUACCCUCCUCAAACUGGAAUGUAUUCAAUUCUUCUGCAAGCAUCAGACAAGGCGAACAAUUCGAAGAUUGCUCGAAGAUUGGUUCUGUAUGACAACGAUUCUACUAUAAUUCUUACAAAACCCGGUUUUCUGUCUGAUAAACCGAUGAAUGUGUCAGAAAUAUCAAUAGGCGACGGUGGUAUGCACGUAAUCAGUGCAAUACCGGAAACGGGCUACAUGUGGCAGACCACUAAAAAUGGGACAAAGACACGUAUAGUUUUAAACUGGGAGAAUCACUUCGUCAACAAGAUUUACGACACUGAUAAGUUACUGAACAGAGUGCUAGGAUAUCCUACACAGUUUGCAAAUUUGCAAGAUGAUGGUGUUCUUAGAAGCAAAAAGUAUGUUAACCUGACAGAUAAUGAGGGUGCAAGAACUCGCAGCGCUAUUUCAAACAAACAUGGCAUUGUCAGAUUCGAAAUAAAUCGAGUUUUCACAGAUGAUAGACAGGUGCCAAUGACAGGAUGGGUAUCUCAUGAUUUAAGAGAGGAAUAUGAAAUGAGAGAACAACUAGACGAUGGAAGUCAUGUACGACUAUGGGUACGAGCUACUGACAUUAUGAAUCAUACUUUAGCAGAUUAUACAGAAGUGCACAUUGAUAACACACCACCUAGGGUAGCAAAUGUAAAAGUAGAAGAAAAUAUUGUUAACGGGACAUAUAAGCACACAUCAAGAAUCACGCUUAAGGCUUCAGAUGACGAUAGUGGUGUUCAUCGGAUAGAAUACACGUUAUUUGUUGGAAACAGAACGGACGAACAUGGGAAAGGAUCCGUCCCAGCUAAUAGAAAUAAUGCAUCUGGAGCUUGUGGAACGGAUCCCGUCUGUAACUGUGUUUUGAACACGUGUUUUCUGGUACCACAGACGCUUGAUAUUGAUAACUGCUGGUUUCUCGUGCCGAAAGAAGACUUGAAUAGAUCUGCGAGAAUCGACGUCAAAGUCUAUAACCAGGCUCUUCUUUAUAAGACAUUUUCAACAAAUAUAACGCGUUUAACGGAUCUAAAUGGUCUAGAAGAAUAUUCUGGACCUACAAACAUUCGAGUGGAAAAGAAUAUUGCCGGAGGAGUUCGACUUGUAUGGGACUUGCCUAAAACAGCGUCUUGCUAUGGACGAGCUGAUAUCGAUAUCAUCUUAGUUAAUUCGGACGGAAGCAUAAGACAUGUGAAAGUAUACAAUGAAGGGACAUCUAUUGAUAUAGUCGGACUUGAACCGGAUAAAGAGUACAGUAUUUCGUUAAAACUUGGAUACAGGGGCACAGAACUUGCUGCACUGCCUUAUAAAUUUAAAACCGCAUCAAGAGAAAAUUACUUAGCUGGUGGAGUUAUUGCAGGAAUUGUUGUCAAUGUUUUGGUGAUAUUCGGUAUACUCAUUGUGGUAUUUGUGGUCCUUCUAAGGAGAGGUCAUAUGAAGCCUGUACGAAGAGGUUUGACAGCUAUGUCAGUAAAGUAUCACAAAUCAGUGGCAGGAGUUAGGGCGAGGGCAAGAAAUAACGACUAUUUAACUGGGAAUAUCAAUACUGAGUCUUUAUAUAUGUACGGAGAAAUGGAUUUUAAGGACAUUCAAAAUUGGCAUUUGGAACGAGAUGAUGUCAUAUUUGAGUCGUUGCUGAAAUCUGGCAACUUUGCUGAUAUCUAUCUUGCCAAAUUAAGAUCAUCAAACACUACAGCGGUAGCAGAAACGUUACCAAAGUCAUUUAACUAUACCAAGCAAGACGAACUACUGAUGAAGGCAAAGAUAAACUUUAACUCUAUCGAGGUAGGACAGAAUGAAAAUGUGCUUCGCUUUAUCGGUGCUGUAGUCACUGAAACCGAUAUUGGACCAUUUAUAAUCUACGAGUAUUGUGCAAAUGGACAAAUGCGAGACUACCUGGAAACUAUGAAAAAUAAUUUGACUUUAGAGACAGUAGAGCUGCAGCUGCGAUUCGGACUUGGCGUGGCGCGUGGAAUGGAUUAUCUUGCACAGAGAAAGAUUGUACAUCGCCGCCUGGCUGCCCGUAACAUUCUUCUUGAUUCUGAUCUUGCCCCGAAGAUCACUGGAUUUGGUCCACAGCCUAAUGAAAAUGACAAUGACGAUGGAAACGCAAAGAAAAGGGAGAGAAUUCCUUUGAAGUGGAUGGCACCUGAGUGUCUUAAGUCCACAGCUGGUGCCACAGAAAAAAGUGACGUAUGGUCAUUUGGAAUUGUGCUUUGGGAAAUAUUCUCUUUCGGUGAGAGCCCAUAUGGUAAUAUAAGAGGGCGAGAACUCCCGGCAAAGCUGAAAGGUGGAUAUAGACUACCAAAACCUGAGCAAUGUGAUGACAAAUGGUACAGUGUUAUGAAGCAGGCUUGGUCGGAAAAUCCGAAGAAAAGACCUAGCUUCAAAGAAAUAAGGAACACACUGGAUGAGAUAUUCGUGGCUGCGCCAACAGAUGACUACUACUACUACAGAAAGUAGAAAUGAACUCAAGAAACAGUUUUAUGUAGUUUCAAACGGACCUGAAAUAAACGUCUGUGUAAUAUACUAAAGUAAUGAUUUAACGACGAAUCUACUCGCUGUAGAGUAAUACAGUACCAACUUCUUUCUGAAAUGUGACAUGAUUCUGCAAUUUCUUUUAAUAUGAUUUUACUGUCUUUGUUUCUCCUAUAUGUGUUUAUUUUGUAUUGAAUUAUAUAAUGAUAAAGUUUUAAUUUGAAUAAGUCUUAAAAUUAUAGUUUACGGCUUUUUCAUGCCAAGCAUAUUUUAAAAUAUUUAGUAUAUUAGGAUAUCUGGAAUUCCUAUUAUCAGAGGCAUCUUAUUCUACAAAACAUUAACAGUAUGUACGAGUAUACCAUGUUAAGGAAUGUACAGCGGGUCCUAGGAUAUGUCCUAUCAGUCAGCAAAUGGGAAAUUUUACUUACCAAAUCCGCAAAAGUGUUAACUGUAAAUUGCGGUUGUUGGUGUUGUUCUGCUUUACUAUCUUGGGUGAGAAUAUAAUGCCUUAUCACUGUCAUCCUCUGUACUGAUCUUGUGUGCUUAAACUCCCGUGCUUACAUAUUACUUAUUCUGACUCUGUGUUAAGGCGAGCAGAAUUUUGCAUAUAACGUGGAAUGUUUCUUUCAUUUUUUCUAAGCAUGAACUGUGUUUGCCAGUUGUCCUACAAUGUACUGUGGCCAUGGAUAUGUUUAUGAAUUUUAUUUUUUUGUAUAUUAUAACUCUAUGUCUCUUUCUAGUGUAUCGUUCUGUUUUGCAAAUCUGGCACAGUGAAAUGUAUACUAUUGUACAGUUUCUUUAACCUUUCGCAAACAACAAAAUAUAAACUAUCUUUUGAGGUCCUGGAAGGAAAGGUUGCAUUAAACAUUUUUUUAAAUGAUUCCAGUUCUGUCUACUACAUUUUGCAUUCGAGGUUAACCUACUUUAAAAUAUAUGGCGCUAUUUGUGUUUGCUUCCUGGGAAUAUGUUUUUAUGUUGUUCAAAGCAAAUAUAUUUCAGUUAGUAAGUAUAAAUUUAUGAAACGUUUGGGUCUUACAGUAGUUAAAAUUUGAAUGAUAAAAAUGCAAUAAAAUCCUCUGAUAACACGGAAAUUGUUUUCGCCUCCAAAAUGAAACAAAAGAUAAAUUAAACACUAUUAAUUUUAUACGUGUAAAAAUAUAGAAUAUAAUUUAUAGGAAUAUGAAAGUUGACAUAUGACAUUAUCGAUAAACUGUUCAAACGCUAAACAAACGUAAACUAAACCAGUUACAAAACUACCAUCACUUACUAGAAAAU